UAGACAUCAGAUACUCCUACUCGCCAACAUCUACUACCGUAGCUAGAUCAGUAUUCACACCAUUUCCAUUAUUAUACAAUUCCCUUUCCUGUAUAACUACCUGGACAGUCCCUCCACCGAACCUCAUAUCCAAAACACGGUACUUCUGACGGUAAUAUCUAUUCAUACCAACCAAAAAACAACUCACAAGCACGAAAUCCCCCCAAAAAUGGUCGCCAACAAAGCAUUCAUGUACAAGUCCGUGCCCGAUGGCUGGCCAGUUGCAGGCAAAGAUCUGACCAUCGAGGACAUCACCUUUGACGAGUCCGCACCCGCUCCCAAAGGGGGCUUCACCACCAAAAACCUGUAUGCCACGUACGAUCCCAGCCAACGAGGCCGCAUGCGAGACCUCAGCAUAAAAUCCUACAGUCCCGCCAUGACACCAGGUGAACCCGUCGUCGCCGUCCAGGUCAUCGGUAAAGUCUUGAAAAGCGACAACCCAAAAUUCCCCCAAGGCAGCUUGGCCCUCCUCUGGGGUCAUUCCACCGAGUCGUACUCUUUCGUGGAUGAGGCCGAGGCUAAGAGGGCCGAUGUCAUCACUCCGAGACCUGGUGUCCCCUUGACGGCACAUUUGGGCCCGCUGGGCAUGACGGGUAUGACGGCCUACGGCUCUCUGUUGGAAAUCGGACAACCCAAGAAAGGAGAUGUGAUUCUCGUGUCUGCGGCUGCCGGUGCCGUUGGCCAAGUCGUAGGCCAGAUUGCCGUACGGCUGGGUCUCCAUGUCAUUGGCUCCGUCGGAGACGAUAAGAAACUCGACUUUAUCAUCAACCAGCUCGGAUUCACCUCCGGAUUCAAUUACAAGAAAGAAAAUAUGGCCGAUGCCGUCAAGAGGCUUGCUCCGGAUGGGUUGGAUAUUUACUACGACAACGUGGGCGGUGAACUUCUCGACAUUGCUCUGGCGAAUAUGAAAGACUUUGGCCGCAUCGUAGCAUGCGGGACCAUCUCGACCUACAACAACGGCAGCACCAGCACCCCCUACGGCCUCAAGAACUACAGCUCGGUCGUCCGCAAGCGACUCCGGUAUCAAGGGUUCAUCGUUUUCGACGAGAACGUCGCCCGUUGGCGGCAGGAACGUGACGAGAACAUUUCCAAAUGGAUCGCCGACGGAAGCUUCAAGUCCGUCGACCACAUCGUCACCGGCAUGGACAAUGCCAUUGAUGGGUUCUUGGGCAUGUUGGAAGGUAAGAACUUGGGGAAGAGUAUUUUGAAGAUUGCCGAUGAGUAAGCAGUAGUAGUGGUAGUAGGUAGGUAGGUAGGUAGAAAGAAGGACCGGGCAUGACCAGGAAAUACGAUAAAAACAAAUUCUGAAUCCACAAUGUUCAUAGAACCUCAGAUAUUCUCAAAAAGUAUCGUUU